ACACAUUAAAGCAUGGGUAUCGAUUAUCUCCCAAAAGAAUUGGGUGAGGUAUGACCCCCAGUUAUAAUGAUUGCUAUGGAGCAACAGCUGGCCAGAACAGGAUCUAUUAACGUGGCAGAUUGUUGUACCAUGCAGGUGAAUGAUGGCCCCAGCAGUCACCCUAUUUUUGUGGCUCCUGCCAACGGAAAUGCUCAGCGGUCUUCAGGAUAUGUUCCAGGCAGGAUUGUUCCAGUCCGUUCUCCACCCCCAACCAAGGCUCCUCCACCGCCCCCAUUGAAGCCGAAGCCCCAAGCCACGCCCCCUGCACAGCCUUCGUCGGUUUUUAAUUUGACAGAAGAUGAUAGCAGGAGAGAACGUGCCCAGAACCAACAGAGGAAGAACACUUACAUCUGUGCUGGGGUCUUCUUUGGGCUUUUCUUCUUAACUCUCAUACUUGUCCUCAGUCUUACCUCCAAAGAUGUUUUGGAUGAGAACUGCCCUCAUCACAACCCUUUACUACGGACCUGGAAACCAGGCCAUGAUCCUAACAAGGCAGUGGUGGUACACAGUGGUCAGCAUUAUUGCCUAACUUCAUCCACCACUUUGUACUCCAUCACUAUCAAGGCUGGAGGUUCAGUUGUUUUUGAUGAUGAUAACAAGGGCUCCAAAAACAUUACAUUACGGACACGUCACAUUUUGGUUGAAGAUGGCGGCGCUCUUCAUAUCGGAGCUCCAAAAUGUCGGUAUCGCUCCCUGGCCACCAUCACCCUGGUUGGCCGAUCUGACGAGACUUCUGUGACCGAGGUUCCUGGUAUGGGCCGCAAAUUUUUGGGCGUGUAUGGUGGAGGAACUCUGGAGCUCCAUGGAUCAGAGAGGCUAUCUUGGACCCUCCUCACUCGUACUGUGCCCUCUUCAGGUUUGGCUACCAGCGGUCAUGCCUUCCAUAAAAAUUUCAGUCGUGGGAUUAACCUGCGGGUGGUAGAUCAGGAUACGUCGGAAGUGCUGCAUGUGGACCGUUUCGAUACACACGAAUUUCGUAACGAAAGCAAGCGGCUGAGUGAGCUACUGAAGAAUCUGUCCUCGGGGCGCAUUGUUGCACUUGCCAUCGGAGAUUCGGCAGUGAAGAGUCUGUUGGAAGAGACCAAGAGAACCAUCCAAGAUGUUUUAGGCAGCACACAUGUCACUGAUCUCAAAUACAGGCAGGCAUGGGCCUUGGUCUCUGUCAUUGGAGGAGGAAAUGGUUCUUGCACUGAGGAUGUAAGAGAACACGAGAACCAUGACACAGGUGGCAAGGCGCUGGCUCGCAGAGACUUCAUUACCACGGAUGGUGUUCGUUUCACCGUUACUGCGUAUAGCGAGUGGCGAAAUGGUUACCCUACAUCGGGCUUCCUAGUGGACGCAACAGAUAAAGUGGUUUUGAAUCUGCAAGAUGACGUCAGCAGCUGGAAACCGGGUGAUCGGAUUGUGAUGGCCAGCACGGAUUAUUCAAUGCAUCAGGCUGAGGAAUUUACUCUCCUCCCCUGUCCUUACUGUAACAGGAAACAGGUCCGAAUACAAGGAAAGCCACAGUUCACCCACAUCGGAGAGAUACUGGACGGUGUGGACAUGCGUGCAGAGGUGGCAUUGCUCUCAAGAAAUAUCCUUAUUCACGGAGAAAUGGAAAAGUCCUGCUAUGGAAAAAACUGGUGCCAAUACUUCAGCCACGACACAUUUGGGGGACACAUCAAGAUUUUAGGUAACUUCUCUUCAGUGCACCUGUCUCAUGUUGAGUUAAAGCACAUGGGUCAGCAGCGGGAGAAGGGCAGAUACCCCGUGAACUUUCAUAGGUGUGGAGACGUGGACCAGCGUGGGGGCUACAAUAACCCCACCUAUGUGGACUCCCUCUCUAUACAUCACUCAUUCUCUCGAUGUGUUGCUAUACAUGCCACCAACGGCCUGCUGGUUAGGGAUACAAUUGGCUACGAUACACUGGGACAUUGUUUUUUCCUGGAGGAUGGAAUUGAACAAAGGAAUGUAUUUUUCCAUAACCUUGGCUUGUUGACCAGGCCAGGAACCAUUCUGCCUACCGACCGUAACGAUAGCAUGUGUGCCGAAAUUACUGAGAGAGUACACAAAGGUUACAUCCCGUCUCCUGCAACGGAGUGCAAGGCGGUGUCUACAUUUUGGAUCGCACACCCCAAUAAUCAUCUGAUCAGUAACUCGGCUGCUGGCUCACAGGAUGCAGGAAUCUGGUAUAUUUUUCAUAAUUCCUCUACUGGAGAUUCUCAUGGGCUGGUACCAGAUACGAAAGCUGAGCUCACGCCUCUGGGUGCCUUCUUUAACAACCGCGUUCACUCCAACUUUAAGGCUGGCCUCUUCAUCGACAGAAAAGUCAAAAGCACCAACGCCACCGCAGCGGACCCCCGUGAAUACCUCUGUUUGGACAACAGCGCCAGGUUCAGGCCUCACGAGAACGCUGAUCCAAGCAAGCCACGAGUGGCUGCUGUCAUUGACACUCUCAUCUCCUUUAAGAACAAUGAUCUUGGGGCCUGGAUUCGAGGAGGUGACAUCAUCAUACGAAACUCAGGAUUCGCAGACAAUGGUGUAGGACUCUCAUUUGCAAGUGAUGGCAGCUACCCUAAAGAUGAGGGCUCCAGUCAGGAGGUCUCCCAGUCUCUGUUUGUCGGUGAAAGCAGAAAUCGCGGCACCAACGGAGGGCAAAAUAAAUACUGGGGCGUCGGCGGAGUAGACGGGAAGAUGAGGACUCUGCCAAGAAACAAGACAUUUCCGAUCCGAGGAUUUCAGAUAAACGAUGGUCCAGUGAGGAUCUUUAACUGCACAUUUCAGGCUUUUAGCACCACAACAGAACGAUUGACCACUGCAGUGGGGUUCAGCCUGAAAAACAUUUGGCAGCUGACACCCAGAAAUAACCUGUCCUCUCUCUCCUUCCAGCCCGGUGUGACUCUGAGAGCAUUUUUCGGGCGACCAGGCGAGUGGUUUGAGCAGAACGAUCUGGAUGGUGAUAAAAAUUCCAUCUUUCAUGACCUGGAUGGUUCGAUCAGCAAUUACACAGACACGUAUGUGGCAAGAGCUGACAAUUUCCUCAUCCGCCAUCCUCAAUGCGUGGAUGUUCCCCGCUGGAAUGGGGUUGUGUGCAGUGGCAAGUACUCUCAGGUGUACAUACAGACGCAGGGUGCGUCUAACCUCAGCCUGACCAUCAGAAGAGACGAGUACCCUGAUAAGCCCAUGGUGCUGAGAGGUAUAAGAAGCCAGACAUCACCGUCCCAACAAUACCAACCUGUUCUGAUGACAAGCAAGAGCUACACGGUUCACUGGAAUGGACCUGCCCCCAGAGAGACCGUCCUGUCACUUAUUAAUUUUGACAAGGGUGACUGGACUCUCCUUGGCCUGUGUUACCCUGAUGAAACAAACUUCCAGAUCACAUCAGAUAUCUACAACAAGCAAAACAAUGGCUUCGAGAGCAUAGAGGACUACGGCCCUGUACAAUCUAUGUCGGAUCUAGAUCAACAGAACAAGAGAAAGUACUUUUUCGACAAAUCUGUCGGUUUGUUAUGGCUGUACGCUCAAGCACGGAACAGACGUGACGGCUACAGCUACUGCUCCACCGCGGGCUGCGAGAGAGUGAAGAUCAUAGCUCACAUACAUGCCUCCAAAAAAACACAAACCUGCAACUGCACCGCCAGUGCCUACCCCAAAUACAGCAAAACUGCCAGCACCAUAGUGCCUAUGCCAAACCCAAACACAGAGGCUUGCAAAACCUGUGGGGCUUCACAGUUGGUCUUCUCCAGUGAACCGUGGAACAGCUACCUCCAAACUCAGAUCAAAUCCCUCAGCGUAAAAGAAGAACAGAGUAAUGACACUCAGGCUUACAUUACUGUGAAUGCAGAGAGGUUUGACCUCAAUCAGCCAGGGUUUCUCCUGGUUACAGUGGACGCAUGCUCGGGACGAGUCACAAGGAGCUCAUUGUUUACCAAGAUGGACUUUAGGAUGGAACAGUAUUUGAAAACUGGAAUUAUGAAGAGGUCAAUCGUUCUUCUCGCGACAAGAGGUCGGCCUGCUGACAUUACUGGUGUUGCACAAUAUCUGGUUUCUCUGGGAUCUGUUAAAGUGCCAGAUCUUCAGAAGAAAGAGGCCAUUGCUGUUUUUGGGUUCCUCAGCCAUGGAAGUCCAUCACCACAGCCAUGGACUGCCGUGUUGGCAUGCCAGGGUACCGAGGUGCUGGGCUUACGGGAAAAGUUCAUUCCCUUAUCCCUGGAUGAAUACUCGUGUCCAACACAAAAAGACCCUCUUAAGCGGUCGGAUGUUGAACUCUUAAGAAAAUCUCUUAGCCAGCAGUGAGCCUCUACCAGCUGUGAACAAGCAACACAACCAACGAAUGAAUGUGAACUCGUGAACUUAAUUUAUUUUGGCAACGAAAAGGGUUACUGGAGUUUUUUAUUAAGGGAUUGAAUGUAUGUGCGUAUGUUUGUUUUUGUCACAUGGUUGUAUUGUCAUAAAUGUUACAGCACAAAGUCAUGCACUUUUUAUUUCAAGGGAAUGUGGUAAAAUUACAUCAGAAAUGAUGCAGUUUAGUACCACAAGUACCAGAAUACACCACAAUACUGACCCCCCAACCAUCUGUUAGCAUAAAACCUUUACAUUAGUGAAGCGUUGCUUUUGAUUUAUCAUAUGAGACAGAUUUUCUUUAUCUGUUUUAUUUAUUUCUCUUAUGCUGAAAUUUUGUGUCAUUCUUGGAGGGUUUUACUGCUGUUCGCACACGCACACAUUUGACAGUACAGUAUAUGCUUUCACAGAUAGUCUCAGUAUUUAUGUUUCUACAUGAAGCAGUGAAUUUAAGUCAAUGAUUUAUUUCAAACACAAUAAGCAGGUCUGUGUGUUUAACACAUUACCACCAGUAUUUAACCAUUUAGCCACUUAAAACUGUAACAGGAAUUUACACCAAAGAUUGGUUUGACAGAUAUCAUGAUAACUUUGUUGUGCUGUCACUUAGCUUGAGUGAUGUAACCGCCAAUAUAAAAUGUAAUAUUUUUAAAUUAAUGUGUAAAAUGAGAGCCUUAAUUGUCUGGACAUUUGAGUGAAAAUAGUUAGGCUACCUGUUAACCACUGUGAAAAAAUGUUUGUUUGGCAUUUAACAUUUUUUCCCAAGUAUAUUAGUGUUGUUGUUUUUUUUUGUAAAAUGCCAAAUUCUUUUUUUAAUUAGCUUUUGUGCUGUAAUUUGAUAUUUUGAAAUUUUUAAAGGAUAAUACAAAGCUUAAAACAUA